AUGGCUACUAAUAUUGUAUGUGUUAAUACAAGACCAAAGCAUAUAAUGAUAUCCUAUGCUUGGACAGGAACCCAAGAUCUUGCGUAUGAAGUAGGGGAACAAUUACAAAAUGAAAAUAUUCCAAUUUGGAUGGAUAUUCGUAAUGGACUCGGUGGAAAUGUCAAUGAUGGGAUGGCACAAGCUGUAGAAAAUAGUGCUGCUAUUUGUUUCUUCAUGACACCAGAAUAUCAGAAAUCGAAAAGUUGUAGAAAAGAAUUAGAAUAUGCAGAUAAACUAGAGAUUCCAUUGAUACCAUGUCGUUGUCGCGCAGAUUUUAAACCUUCUGGAUGGCUUGGCCUUAUUUCUGCUGGUUUAAUGUGGUAUGAUUUUCGAGAUUUAUCAGACGCACCAGUGAAUGCAACUAUAAAUAAAUUAAUCAAUUAUAUUCAAACAAAUAUUUUUCAAAUGACACCAACAGUAUUUCCAGAUGUGGACGGACGAACUUUACCAGUGAUAUUUCGUAAUCGUCAUCAAUAUCGAGCUGUAACUCCAGACAAUGAAGAAUUUCCUCUUUGUAACGAACAAACGACAUUGUGUCACGUAGAUUCUGAUAAUGAACUAAAUGGUCAUCGUUUCACUUCAUUGUAUGAUCUUGAUAGUACGAAAAAAAUGUCAAUGCCUUUUGAAGGUUAUGAAAAAGAAGCUCUCGUAACACUUGAACAAGCAGUUCAAUCAAUUGUUCAUCUAUUUAAUGGUGAUAUUCAUCGAUAUGUUUAUAUUGCUAAACAAAAUACAUGUAAAGCAAAUGAUAUAUUAACACCUGAUGAAUCAGCUGCAAUUCAUCUUUAUUCAAUGCAAUGGACUCCUGUGAUCGAUAGUUUAUAUAUUCAUCUCAAUCGAGCAUUACGUGCAGUUAAUCGACAUGCUCUUACUCCUUGGUUUUUCUAUUUAAAACUUUUCUUAACUGCACUAUAUAAAUUACCUUCUUGUCAUAUGACAAUUUGGCGUGGUGUUAAAGGUGAUUUAAGUGCGCAAUAUAAUAAAGAUGAAGAUAUUGUCUGGUGGGGUGUAAGUUCAUGUGCUGUUUCUGUUAGUGUAAUCGAACAAUUUAUUGGUAAAACGGGUACGCGAACUAUUUUUUCAAUUGAAGCAAUCAAUGCAAAAUUUAUUCGUGAACAUGCAUAUUUUAAAGAAGAAGAUGAAAUUGUUCUUACACCAGGAACUUAUUUGAAAGUUAUCGAUAAAAUGCAACCAGCAAAAGAUCUUACUAUUAUACAUUUACGAGAAAUUAUACCACCUUUUCCUCUAGUUACGUCUCCAUUCGAUGAUAAUAAUGAAGAACAGAUUUUAAUUAAUUCAACAAAUCCAACAGAAAGCACAGUAACAUCCUUAGCGAAGAAGAUUUAUGAAUCAAUUCUUUUCAAAUAA